AUGGCUGUCGGUAAGAACAAGAGACUUUCCAAGGGUAAGAAAGGUUUGAAGAAGAAGGUUGUCGACCCAUUCCAGAGAAAGGAAUGGUACGACAUCAAGGCUCCUACCACUUUUGAAAACAGAAACGUUGGUAAGACUUUGAUCAACAAGUCGACUGGUUUGAAGAACGCCGUUGAUGGUUUGAAGGGCCGUGUCGUCGAAGUCUCUCUUGCUGACUUGCAAGGAUCCGAGGACCACUCUUUCAAGAAGAUUAAGUUGAGAGUCGAUGAGGUUCAAGGUAAGAACUUGCUGACCAACUUCCACGGAUUCGACUUCACCUCUGACAAAGUUAGAUCUUUGGUCAGAAAAUGGCAAUCCCUGGUUGAGGCCAACGUCACCGUCAAGACUGCCGAUGACUACGUGCUGAGAAUCUUCUGCAUUGCUUUCACCAGAAGACACCAAAACCAGAUCAAGAAGACCACCUACGCUCAAUCAUCCCAACUGUCCGCCAUCCGUAAGAAGAUGGUUGAGAUCAUGCAAAGAGAGGUAUCCAACGUCACAUUGGCUCAGUUGACCUCCAAGCUGAUUCCUGAGGUUAUUGGCCGUGAGAUCGAGAAGGCUGCUGAAGGUAUCUACCCAUUGCAGAACGUUCACAUCAGAAAAGUUAAGGUGCUGAAGCAAGCUAAGUUUGACUUGGGUGCUUUGUUGGCUCUUCACGGUGAGUCUGUCACUGAGGAGAACGGUAAGAAGGUUGGAUCUGAGUUCCAAGAUGUUGUUUUGGAGACCGUCUAA